UGCUGACUUUGUUGGCAACGGUUCGUGUGCUUGGUGGUUGUGGAAGCUGACCUGGUGUCACAAAGCAAACAGCAGCAGCAAGGAGGAGCAGAACCACCAGUUGCAACCUGCUCACAACGACCCACAGCAGCACAGCUUGGUCAUUUUCUUCUUCUUUGCAGCACAGCUUCCUGCUCGCUCCAAGUUCUGCCAAGACUAAGACGCACCAGAGGCCAACACACAAACACUGCAAACCGCACGCCUCCUCCCUCCUUGCCUGCAGGCACGAUGUUGGUGCGUGUGCUUGCAGUUGUGGUCGCCUGUGUGGUGUCUACCACCCUCGCAGAGCUGCCGUUUGUGAACGAGUAUCAUGAGACACUGAACAUGGAGUGCUCUGGCAGCACUGGCAUCAAAUCCCUCUACUCCACCCACCAAGACAACAAGAAAGAUCGGCGGUGGGGCUUUGAAUGCCUCAAGUACGGCGCACCGGAGGAAGGCACAAGCAUGUACAGCAGCAGCUUCGAGAACAACUACGAUGACCCGCUCGACUACUCGUGCCCGAACAACUACUACGUGUACCGCAUGUACUCUGAGUACGACGGCAACCCUGAUGAUCGCGUGUGGAAGAUUGGCUGCCGCAAGGCCGUCGGUGCCACCCUGUCCUCAUGCAGCUUCACUGACGACUACAUCAACAGCUGGGGCAAGCCCAUCGACUACUCUGUCGACAGUCGCAAAGUCCUUGCAGGACUGUACUCUGUCCACAAUGAUCGAGAUGAGGACCGAAGGUGGCGCAUUCGUACGUGCACGUUGGAUUGCGACGAAAGCAGCGGCUACAUCGAGGAUGACACGAGCGACUGGGGAUGCACAGUUGUGACCUGUCCCCCGCUCACACUCACGAAUGGUGUUCUGAGCGGCAGCUGUGACGGCGACUUUGGCGAUCAGUGCAGCUUCAGCGCGUGCAACAGCGGCUACGAGGUGUCAGCUUCCGGCACCAAGGGCGCACGCCAGUGCGGCAUUGUCAGCAAAAAUGGCGUCUGGAGUGGUUCCGCCCCAACUUGUGACGACAUCAACGAGUGUGUGACAGGUGCUCACGAGUGCGUUGCGCCGGCCGUGUGUGUCAACGACGAUGGCUCAUACCACUGCGAGUGCGACUACGGUCCCCUCUCAUCAGAUGGCAAAAGCUGCGAUUUGGCGGGACCAAAAGCAACGUACACGCUCAACUCCCACAGCUUUGAACUAGCGAUCACGGACGCCGAUGAGUUUCCCACUUACGAGGUGACGGUGGCUCAAUGGUCACUCGAUCUGUCGCAGGCAACAGAGCUGCCAGGCUACCCGGUCCAGUACACGUCGCCCCUCACCAAUUUUGAAGCUUCAGACCUACAGCCUGGUCGCCGGUUCCAAGUCACCAUCACCCCGUACGACAGCGACGACGCAGCAGCGACAGACUACGUGUUUGUUGGCGGCACGUCCGCGGGUGAUCUUCGAACGACGUGCGGAUGCCUUUCCGGUGACACAACCGGCGCCCCAUCGAGCCUUGAGCUCUCGCAAGAACGCGGCAUUGUCGAGUUUACGUUCACAGAACGCGGCCUUGUCGAGUUUACGUUCACAGACCAGAGCUACUGCGAGUCCGGCUUCAACUUCUUCAACAUUUACAAGCCGCUGGAUGAAGGCACAAACCACGACCUGCCGGAAGGCACGUUCUUCUUACUGCUUCACACCGGUUCUUCGGAAGGCGACAAGCGGUUCGCCUUCCCAUCGGAGCUGGCCAUCGGUGAGCACUUUACGUCCACGUCCACGUCGUCUUCCACAUCGCAGUCAACGUCAACGUCAACCUCCACUUCCACACAGACAACGACCACAACCACGACCACAACACAGGCAACAACGACGACGCUCAACCUCGCCACCCUCAACGACACGUUCAUCGCGUCAACAACGAGCACGCUUCCUGCCACGACCACGACAACGGUGGCUGAUGACUCUGACGCAUCGGCAGACGCGGCAACUGCGCCGUCAACGGGGCGGGUGGAGCGUGUCUACCCGUCCGGCAUUGAGUCGGCCGUGACCAGCAAGCAGGAGUGCUUUGACCUCUGCGAGGACCGAAGCGAGUGGUGCAUUGCGUUUGUGGUGCAGGAAGAUCUGAGCGGUCAGCUGUGGUGCCACCAACUGAAGCUAAUCCGCACCACCAAGCUCGACGGCAACGACGUGUCGGCAGAUUCGUACGAGCGCGUGACUGUGAGCGACACGGGAGUGAGUGGCAGCUAUUUGCUCGCCACAGGCAUUGACGCGUGCACGGAGCUGUGCUCUGAGUCCUCUUCCUGCGAGAUUGUGUUUGCUGGCGACGGGUUUUGUGCCAUGGCAAACACCAUGCAGACGACAUCUGUGAGCCCUAGCUCGUAUCAUGAGAGCCUCAUCAUUCGCUCCCAGAAGCACCGCUAUGUUGGGUCUGCGCCUGGCUCGUACAAGCAAUACUGCGUUGCAGCCACCAAUCCCAUCGAUUACACCGCUCUCGGCUACUACUCCACACGCACCUGCGCAGACCUUCAGAUUGAGCGCCUGGAGUACACAUCCGGCGCGCCCAAUGCCCCAUCGGGCUUCUACAUCGGCACAGACACGUCCUCAGGCCUGGACACGCGCAUCCCAUACUACGAUGUGCUGGACGGCAAGGAGUGGAAGGACGUCGACUUUCAGGACACCACCGUGGACACCGUGGUGGUGGACGUGGCCGGCGGCCUGUGCAAUCGUACGCUUGGCCGAAGCGUGCUUGAGUUCCGCUACGACAACUGCCCGACGUGGGUGCGCACGGAGCAGACGUCCAGCCGCACCUCCACAUGGACGCUGCCUGCCCAGAUCAUCACCGUGCGGCUUGCGCGUGUUGUGCGGUCGGGCGAGGUGCGGGAGGAAAUCACGCGCUACUUCAGCUCCACGCUGGGCACCUCACGCUCGCAGUAUGCGGACCUGCGCAACGCGGAAGACAGCGAGGAUGACGAGACAACCGUUCGCUUUGAGUACCAUCCACAGCCGACGCUGAGCGUGUCCUUCACACCAACUGUGGCGCACUCUUGCUCGUACUCUGACGACACUGAUUUCAUCGUCAUGCAGCAACGCACUGAGACGAUCGCCACCGUCAAGGCCAUUGAGGAGUUUGGCUCCGGUGUCGCCUCGUGCGACAUUGUUGAGGGCAGCGUGACGGUGCAGAACCUGCUUGGCGAGUCCCCAACAACCGCCAACCAGGCCGUCGGCGUGACAGCGACGCAGCGGGAGCUGCUCCAGGUGUGCUACAACGAGUGCGAGCUCGAUCUAGACCUGGACGAGGUGGUCACGGCCGCGGGCACAGAGCAGAGCAACGCGCAUGCCACGCUGCGACUGCUGACUGGCGGUCCGGAGCUGAACUCCGAGGCCGUUGACCCGGAACACCCAUACACGAAACAGUUUCGUGUGAGCAUGCAUGUGCUGCCGUACGACCCGGUCAUCCUGUACAAAAAGGUGGUGGUGACUGGACAGCAAGCGCGCGGUGCAUCUGGCUCGGUUCCCUUCCCGCGCUACAAGCCGCUGCUGGUGGUGCAGGACCCGCCGGGCGGUCUGUCCACGGCCUCGUACUCCAGCAUGUUUGCCAACUUCCGCUUCCACAGCAAGACAUAUGAGGCGUUUGGUGGAUUUCAGCUUGGUGUUGACGUUGCGCCAUACAAAACGGAAGCCGAGCUUGACCUGUGCACGGGUGCCAUCGCCGCUUACAACUGCAUCAACCUCGUGAGCGUCAAGUCGACGCCGUACACCUUUCAAACGGAGACGACCAACCUGUUUGGCGGACAAUCGCCCGACGACAACUUCAACCGGGAGCAGGUGUGGUCGUUUACAAUUGACGUGACGACGAGCGACGACCCGAUGCUUGCCGGUGAGAAGUCAGACAUGUUCCUCGUGCCGGCACUCAACGUCGUCUUCCUGGAUACGGAUGUAAUCUCGUUCAAUACCACGACGUGCAGCGUGAACCGCUCUCUGACCACGACGUGGUCGCUGGACCCGGAGGCCAACGAACAGGUCAUGACAUGGCUGUCUGUGUUUGAGAUUGAAAGCAAGGAGCUACCGGAGCUUGAGGAGAGGCUCGAAGCGACAAUUGCAUCGAUUGCGGAGGCGGAGGCCUCGGAUGAUGACGACGGUGACAACCUCGCCGAUCUGCAGCAGCUGAAGGACGAGCUAGAGUUGGCGAUCAGUGCGUGGAACGACAACCUGCAGCGGAACCGCAACGUGCGCAACAGCGCUGCCAGUGGCACGCUGGAGAAGGUGCAGUCGCUGUGGACGGCGGGCAAGUACCUGACCAACGAAAACGCGAACCCGAUCCAGGGCAAGGUGAACAGGAGCAUUGCGUUCGCACCCAACGACAACAUCGACAACGCCAAGAACCUGGAUGGCACAGACACGACUGGCGAAGAUCAGGCCACGUUGCGAGAGAUUAGCGCCAUCAAGUUUGCUGGUGGGGGGUCCCUCUACUCCUUCUCCUUUGACUACAGCAACCACAAGAGCGUUGUGUCAUCGUCCAAGAGCAUGAGCAGCUUUGAGGGCGGUGGCACCGUGAGCUUUGACAUUUCAUCCAGCACUGGCGGGGCUGAUUUCUCCGUCACGGCGUUGGGGCUGGCGGAGGUGGAGACGAGCAGGGAAACGGAGGAAGGCUAUGCGAAGGAGAGCAGCGCUGGGUUUGAACUUGGUGACGCUGAUCCACUGGAUGUGUUCGAUGUUGAGGUGUACGUGCACCCUGACUUUGGCACGCUGGUGUUUCACACCACCUCUGGCCAGUCAUCCUGCCCGCCCGAGAACAACACCAUUGCCUUGGAGAACCCACGGAUCAGCAUUCUCAAGCAACCUGCUGCACCUGUCUUACCCAAUGAGCCGGCUGUGUUCGAGCUCUUGCUCACCAAUGACGGUCCUGUCGCCACUGACUUUAACCUCUUCACCUUGAACGGUGCGAACCAGGACGGCCUGACGAUCAUGGUGGAUGGCCAUCCGCUGACACACCCCAUCGACUUUGAGGGCUUUGCAGUUGGCGCGCGCCACGUGACAAUCUCACUUCUUCGUGGACCAAGUCUCUAUUCAUAUGAUCCCGUUGCUGUUGGCUGGCGAUCCCUGUGCGAGGCAGACAGGCACCCCGACAACGGCUACACAACCGAUGAAGUGACCACUGUCCAAUAUGUGUACCUGGAGGCCGAGUUCCUGCAGCCAUGCAGUCCUGUUGAGCUGGUGGGCUCGAUUGGCGAGACGGAGACGUUUGAGGUGAACCAAGCUGUGGACGAGCAAACCUCCCACCCUGGCGAGCUGCGCAUCGUUGCGUUCAACUCGGACUUUGCAAACCGCAAGUGGACAGAAGACGACAGGCUUGAGGGCGUGUACGUCGAGUACAAGCCCGCCGCCUCCUCCGUGUGGCUGUUGGCGCGUGACAUUGACGGCAAUACGCUGGACCUGCGACUGAUGGAGAAUGAGUACGGUUACGUGACCAUCUACUGGGACGUGUCCGGCAUCACGGACGGCGACUACGAGCUGCGCAUUCGCGCGCAGUGCACGGCGUCGAUCAACGAGGUGCCGGAUGGCAUUGACGAGCAGUACUCUUCGACAGCAACGGGCGUGAUUGACCGGUCGGCGCCACAGGUCCUGGGGUACCCGGAGCCAGCGGACGGGGAGUACUCACCCGGGGACGAGAUUGCGUUUGAGUUUGACGAGGACGUGCAGUGCGCAAAGCCGUUCUGGUUUGAGGUGCAGAUGACCAUUGACGGGCUGGACGAAGUGUUUGCGAACGACGACAUGGUGAUGGUGUGCGAGGGCCGCCGCAUCACUAUGUCCCUGGUGCGCGGGUUCGCGUGGGAUGACGUGAGCGGCCGCUCGGCGCGCGUGACUCUGAACAGCGUCCAGGACCCGUACGGCAACGUGGCGUCACAGGAGUUUGUGCUCGAGUUCCAGUUUGCGCUUGUGGCUGCGGAGGCGCUGACGACACAGCUGACGGGCAUCGAGCUACCGCUGCCAUUUGAAGACGCGUUUUUCAACACGAAAUCGCCCGAGUACCAGAACGUGACGCGCGCAUUGAGGCAGACAUUGCCAACGCCACGGGCAUUGUCGUGA